GCUGCAGUGGCAACACAUACUACGGUCUCAUUAACAUUGGGUGCUCACCGAUAAACAUUUACCUAUAAUCGUGAUACCAGAAUCCCUCCCCAAGAGUGAUUUACUCCACUGUCGUUGACUCUUUGUGAUGUUUGGCCUAAAUUUAUGUUUUGUUGUGAUCGAGGACCUUUCCUUGAUGUAUUCCGAGUUUAUAAGCACCUUUCAGGCUUCCUACACGUCCACGCUCAAAGUAAAUGUGCAAUGGAUGGUUCCUGAGCUGUUCGUAGAGCGAGAGGAUGGCUCUCAAGUUCGGCCAAGUGAGCAGAGCGACAUGUAUUCGUUUGGCGGUGUCAUGCUGCAGGUUCGUCUGGGUCAACUUUGGCCUCUCAUCGAUGACCUGAGCUCCACUUGUAGGUCCUCACCAAUAACACUUCCCUAUUAUUACCUUCGUUGAAUGACGCUGCCACCAUCUAGGCUACGCAGAAGUUGCAAACGCCCUCCUGAUCU